AACAAAUAAAUGGAAGAGCGCUUAGCAGUAUCAGAGGUGGUCAUCUCAUUAGAACGCUCAUUGAGUUUAUUUGUCCGGUCCUGGGGACUGUUUGUGAGUGCCCAGCCUAGAAAUAUGGCAAUAAUUUAUUGAGGGCUGAAAAUCGACCCAGUUGACAAAGAGCUUUGAAUUCUUAGUGAAUUUGACAUCUCAACCCUUUGGCUGCCGGCAGAAACAUGCAUGCAGACAGCCACUGGUGAACAUCCGAGUCUGAGUUCACCGGCCCCCCACAUCCAAGGCCACCGGGUGAGCGAGCCCUUGAAAUACCCUUUUUUUUCUCCGUUGUUACCCAACUGGGAGACUAAAUAUUUUAAGGCUCCAGCAAAGUAAACCGUCAAAAAGGGGAAGAAUGUUUGGUCAGUCUUGUGGAGAGACCUAGAACUUCGCUGGGCUGUUCAGAGUGAGUGAUGCAUUUUAGGGCGAGCCUGCAGCAGUGGUCAGAGGGGUGGUGGCUGCGGAAGGGUUUCCCCAUAAUGGGCGUUGCCCCGAAAUCCAGGGAGGGAACCGCCAGACGGCUCCUGGGUUUUCCCCCGUCGCCUUUGGGGGAACUUCUCCACGCUCAGGGACAAAGCGGCGUGGAGCAUCUCGCAGGAACCGAGACCCACUCCCAAACUUGCGGCCUGUUCGCCCCUGCGCGAGUCGGGCCUCGCUUCCUGUCGCCUCCUUCCCCCCACCCCCCCUCCCGCCUCCACCUCCGCCCCGCCGCUACUUAAGUCUCCGCGGGACCCGGCGCGCGCGGCCGAGGCUGCGGCGGGCACGCGCGCUCCACGCCGGGUCCUUGGCCAAUCAGCAAGGAGCCCGAGGCGCCGCCGCGCCGCGCGCGAGCCGAAGCCCGGGCGGCUCCUCCCGUGGAGAGCCGAACCGGACCGAGCCGAGCCGAGCCAAGCCGAGCCAAGCCGAGCCGGGGGCGCAGAGCGCGGGAGGCGGCGGCGCGGAGCCCAGGCAGCUCUGCUGCUGAUGGGAGCGCCCCCGCCUGGCUGAUGAGGUUGGUACACACACCAUGUCAUCAUGUGUCUCUAGCCAGCCCACCAGCGACCGGGUGGCCCCCCAGGAUGAGCUGGGAAGUGGGGGUGGCAGCCGGGAAGGCCAGAAGCCCUGUGAGGCACUGCGGGGACUCUCAUCCUUAAGUAUCCACUUGGGCAUGGAAUCCUUCAUCGUGGUCACCGAGUGUGAGCCAGGCCGGGGUGUGGACCUCAACCUGGCCAGAGACCAGCCUCCGGAGGCCGAUGGCCAGGAACUCCCCCUCGAAGCCUCGGACCCUGAGUCCCGGUCCCCGCUUUCUGGUCGCAAGAUGUCCCUGCAGGAGCCGUCCCAGGGCGGGCCGGCAUCCAGCAGCAACAGCCUGGACAUGAAUGGACGCUGCAUCUGCCCAUCCCUGUCCUACUCACCAGCCAGCUCCCCACAGUCCUCUCCCCGGAUGCCCCGGCGGCCCACAGUAGAGUCACACCACGUCUCCAUUACCGGUUUGCAGGACUGCGUGCAGCUGAAUCAGUACACCCUGAAGGAUGAAAUUGGAAAGGGCUCCUAUGGUGUUGUCAAGCUGGCCUACAAUGAAAAUGACAAUACUUAUUACGCAAUGAAAGUGCUGUCCAAAAAGAAGCUGAUCCGACAGGCUGGCUUCCCACGUCGCCCCCCACCACGAGGAGCUCGCCCAGCCCCAGGGGGCUGCAUCCAGCCCAGGGGCCCCAUCGAGCAAGUGUACCAGGAGAUUGCUAUCCUCAAAAAGCUGGAUCAUCCCAACGUGGUGAAGCUGGUAGAGGUCCUGGAUGACCCUAAUGAGGACCAUCUGUACAUGGUGUUUGAGUUGGUGAACCAAGGGCCUGUAAUGGAAGUGCCCACCCUCAAGCCACUGUCCGAAGACCAGGCCCGCUUCUACUUCCAGGAUCUGAUCAAAGGCAUAGAGUACUUGCAUUACCAGAAGAUCAUCCAUCGGGACAUCAAACCUUCCAACCUCCUGGUGGGGGAAGACGGGCACAUCAAGAUUGCCGACUUCGGUGUAAGCAACGAGUUCAAGGGCAGCGACGCCUUGCUGUCUAACACCGUGGGCACACCUGCCUUCAUGGCACCCGAGUCGCUCUCAGAGACCCGCAAGAUCUUCUCCGGAAAGGCGUUGGAUGUUUGGGCCAUGGGUGUGACGCUGUACUGCUUUGUCUUUGGCCAGUGCCCUUUCAUGGAUGAACGAAUCAUGUGUUUGCACAGUAAGAUCAAGAGUCAGGCCCUGGAGUUUCCCGACCAGCCCGAUAUAGCCGAAGACUUGAAAGAUCUGAUCACUCGGAUGUUGGACAAAAAUCCAGAGUCCAGGAUUGUGGUGCCUGAAAUCAAGCUGCACCCUUGGGUUACGAGGCACGGGGCCGAGCCAUUGCCGUCGGAGGACGAGAACUGCACACUGGUCGAGGUGACCGAAGAGGAGGUCGAGAAUUCAGUCAAACACAUUCCCAGCCUGGCAACUGUGAUCCUGGUAAAGACCAUGAUUCGAAAGCGCUCAUUCGGGAACCCGUUCGAAGGUAGCCGCCGGGAGGAACGUUCCCUGUCAGCGCCUGGAAACCUGCUCACCAAAAAACCAACCAGGGAGUGGGAGCCCUUGUCUGAGCCCAAGGUAAACGCCUGUCUGCCUGCCUGUGCCAUUGCCUCCCCUCCGCUGGGGCCUGGGGGCGGUCAGCUGCAGAGCAAGCACGUGGGCAUCUCCAGCAGGCAAGACGUGCCUUCAGCCGGGGCUGCUGUGCCUGGCUCACUGAGGGCCUCUGGGUUUCCAGCGAGGGGCAUCCAGGGGCUUGGGUCCCACGGCGUGUCGUGCAUGCGGGCUGGGCUGCGGUGCAUGGCGCUCCACCCGGAAUGCCUGCGAACUUACCCAGGUUCUUCAGGCCCACUGGAUGGAUAGCUGCAUUGCCCAUGCAUGUCAAUGGCGAUGGGAGUCUGGUGUUGCUCUGGGGGCCGUGACCUAAGUACGCACACACAGAGCAUAGGUCAGGCCUGCUGUACUCUGGGGCUCCUCACGAGGGUUCUUCUGAAACUCUAGUGGGUUAAAAGCUAGAAGUUAUCUUAGCAGGAUCUGGGCCAUCUCCUGCCUGCCUGCAUGUCUAGGCCCAUGUAACCUACAACUUCUGGAGCAGAUGAAUGUUUUUGCCUCUGUAAUGUUGGGUGGUAACCCCACUCCCCUGAGAGCCUGGAUUAGGGUAGAUAUCCCAGUGUCCUCCUUGAUAAUAUUGCCAGACUGUAUCGGGAACUCCUCUCAGCCACUUCCAUUGUUAAAACUAGCUUAAUGGGGACCAGGGAGAUCAUUUGUUAAAUGAUUGAGGACUUGAGCUCAAUGCCCCAGAACCUAUGUAAAAUGCCAGGUGAGGGAGCGUGAGGUCCCAGGUAGGUGGUGGCAGGCAGGUUCCUAGAAUUCACUGUUGAGCCCAGCUUCGAAGAACAAAGUUUUUCCUCGGACAGUACCCCAGGGGAAAUUGCCUCAAGUUGACCUCUGGCCUGCAUACAUGUGUGAAUGUGAACACAGACACACAGUGGCCUUGUCAAAGGCUGGGGCUGGUAGCUCUUUGGUAGAGUGCGUGCAACAAAGCUGUGGGUUUCAUCAUCCCCAGCCCUGCAAAACAAAGGAGAAGGUCAGCUUGGCAGACACAUGAUUUUAACACUCCAUAGCCCAUCACUCUAAAGUGUGCGGUGGAGUCUUUCUGGCCAGCAAGAUAGCUUCCGCCCCGGAGGGAACCUUCCUCCUCCUCUGAGCUGUGUCUAUGCACGUCUCAUUUCCUAGCAUCCACUGAUGCCCGUCCAGUUUUCUACAGAUGUGUCCGUUCUGCCGGGUUUUUGUAAGUGGGUGAUACAGUAUGUGGCCUUUCACUUCUGGCCAUUCUCUCUCUCUCUCUCUCUCUCUCUCUUUCUCUCUCUCUCUCUCUCUGACAUGUCUUCAAGGCUUGUCCAUAGUGCAGCUUGUGCCAGCGCUUCAUGCCUUGUUGUAACUGAUAGUAUUUAGCUAGAUGGCAGUAUUUGGAUCCAUUGGUGGACAGUGUUUCUGUCUAGGCUGUCACAAAUGAGCGAACUUGCUGUAGUCCUUUGAAUCAAGUUUCUCUUCCUUGGGAAUUGCAUUAUACGAGGCUGUUCAUCGGCCACCUGUGCCUUAGGAGCUCAUGUGAUAUAAGAAAGCACCUGCUGCUGUUUGGGAAGAUGUGUCUGAAUUAGCAGCUAGGGAGAUGGCCUCCUCAUCCCCACCUUGUUCCCGGGUGACCUGUAGUUCCCAUCUCUGUGUUACUGAGAAGUGAAGCCUUUCUCUGAGCAAAGGCCUGCUGAAACCAAGGCAGCCUCUCAACUGGACCGUGAACGAACCUGUUCUUGCUUCUUUGUUUAUUUUCGAUGAGGUUGAAGUGGCAAUAUUCCAACAGACUCAGCUCGCCUCAGUACUGUACGGCUCCUUCUUUCCUUACUCGGUGGACACAGCAUCGCCUUAGGUUACCCGUGAGGGCUGGGAAUUUGUAGGGCCUGUCCGCACCAGUCGGCAGCUUUGAGGGCAGACAUCCUUCUCUGAAAUUAAAAAGACCAGAUAAUGUAAUUCCCAAACGUAGGUAGUUCCUUCUUGGGGACGUGUGGAUACCACAGUUCACCUUCCCUGUGUAGGGACCCAGUCCCCUGUUUGGGUAGAGCACACAGAUCAUGGUUGAGAGUGGGGACAGUAGCCCUGAGUGACAAGGCCAGUGGCUUUUCCCACGAAGCAGACUCGGCUGGAAGGAAGCCUGGGGCUGAGCCCACUCCUUUAAGCUCCCGAUCCGUCUGGUGAAGCCGCAUCCAUGGCUGGCACGCCAGGCAGGUCUAGUGGGGUUGUGAGGGCCUCUUCCUAGAAGGGGGAGAUCUUCCUUCCCCUCCCAGGAGUCUUCCUGUGAGCCUAGGGUGGUAGGCUGGUGUGGCAGGCUUUUCCUGAAGGCCCCAUGUACCUGCCGAUUCAUACAAAUCCUUGCCACUGUCCCAGGAGUUCACAGUGGAGCAACUGAGGACAGGUGUCACAGUUUGUGUUCUAUAAGCACUCCUAGCCUAGAGGGUAGAGAGAGGAGAGAGCACUGUAGACCUCAGAGAACAUACCCCACCGGAGGACCUUGGGGUGAUUUGGGGUGUUCCAUAGGUCGCAUGUUCUAUAGUUUUCUGCUCUUUCAGGUAAAUCUUGCUUCUCCAUUUACAGGGGAGGCAAAGUCUUUGAAAUAUUUAAGUGAACAAGUAGGAACGGGGAGAGCAUCAAAAAGAUCAGAUGUAACCCGUGGGAAUGUGGGAGCAGAGGCAUGCAAAGGUGGGAGUCGGUCAGGGCUCCGCCAUCAAUUCUCCAAGUCUUAAUGCUGGUUUUCUGUUCGGCGAGCAGGAAGCAAGGCAGCGAAGACAGCCCCCGGGGCCCAGAGCCGGCCCCUGUGGGGGAGGAGGAAGUGCUCUUGUGAAAGGUGGUCCCUGCGUGGAAAGUUGGGGGGCUCCGGCCCCUGGCUCCCCACCACGCAUGCCUCCACUGCAGCCCGAGGAGGUGAUGGAGCCGGAGUAGCUGCGUGGACCACCUGACCUCGCAUGCCUGGCUGUGUGGCCCUGCACGGGGCUGCUGCACCCUGCGUUUCCAUAGCAGCAUGUCCUACGGAAACCAAGCACGUGUGUAGAGCCUUGACUGUCGUCUCUGGUUAUCUGUUUUUUUUGUUUUUGUUUUUUUUGUUGUUGUUGCUGUUGUUUUUCUUGUGGUUUUUCUUUUUCUUUUUUUUCUUUCCCUUUGUUGUCUAAGGGGACAAAGAAAAAAAAAAGGACUUGACUCCAUGUCGUCGACUUUGGCCGCUGGCUGGCCGGACCGGCGGGUGUGAGGAGUUGCAAACCGAAACCAACAUGCAUUUUGGGACAAUUGCUUUUUAAAAUGUUUUUAAUGCCAAAAACAAACAAACAAACAAAAACCCGCCCCCUCCAUUGUGAAUUCAGAACCAUGUCAGAUGUACCAGGUGAAUGUGUGUGGGGUUUGAGCUGCGUGGAGAAUCACGUGGGGCGAGUCCUGCCGGCUGGGGCUACACUGGGGGGGGGGGGGCGGAUUAGAAGGAUCGGUGUGACCCACGUACAAACCCCAUGCCUGGGCGCCUUCCAGGAUCAUGGAAAGACAGGGCUAGCCCUCAGUAGCUGCAGGGAACUUCCAUGUCAUUUAUUUGUAAUGAGGACUUUUUAAGUGUGUGUGUGUGUUUUUUUUAAUGGGUAUAAUUAUAGUCAGGAAAACUACAAGGGCUUGCAGUUGAAAUGCUCGAGGGGUACUUUGCACCCCUGAAUGCGAGCAUUCCUCAGCUGUGGUGGUAGAGGUCUGUCUGGAGGCUGAACACACUUCAUGUUAGCUGCUCCAACUGGGUUUCUGAGAUUGUCAGCUAAGCUAAUUCUCUUUGUAAAUUGGCAAAAAAAAAAAAAAAAAAAACAA